CGUGGUUUUUGUCUUGACAGAAAAAUUUGAAGAUUAUUUUUUUCGUCAUGAGCUCUAAUUCUCACUCUACAGGAGCCGAAUUUGGUGGAAGUCAGUCAAGGUUUUUCUGUCACCAGUGCAGAGCUUACAUAUCACCGUCAAGUGAUGAGAACCUAGUCUGUCCGGACUGUAACGGUAGUUUUAUCGAAGAGGUAACUCAAGAAAAUGCUGCUGAUUUUGACAGCGGGGAAGAUCCAAUGCCACAUCCGCAUAUGGAUUAUCAAAACGAUAUUUUUUCUCUUAUAAGCGCAUUUUUACCGGGUUUUGACGCAUCGUUGAAUUCUUCAGCUGAAAAUAACGACGAUGGAUUAGCAGCAAUGGACACAAACUCUGCCACUGUUAACGCACCUGAUGAAGUUGAUGCGGCUGGAGCAGGACAGAAUAAUCCAGGAACCAGUGCUGCUCAAGGAAGCGAACAGAACGAUAGACCACAUCGAUCGAACAGAAACUCAAGAUUCCCGCGUGGACCUCCUAUUCACAGCCGUGUUUUCGACUCAAACGAAGACAUGUCCUCAGUCUAUAACAGCCCAACUUCCGUACCCAAUGGCGUGCAAUUUAACAAUGAAUCCAUACAGCGUCUUAUUGACGGGCUCAUGUUCCACCAACCUUUCAAUGUUGUUACAGUUAACGGCAAUCCUCAGGACUAUGCUUGGGGACCUGGUGGCUUGGAUACUAUAUUGACCCAAAUGAUGGAACAGUUGGAAGGUGGUGGACCCCCUCCAUUAAGUGCAUCGGUAAUUGCUGCUAUUCCCUCAGUAGAAAUCUCCGCCGAGCACGUGAAAAGUGAAAGUGAUUGUAGUGUUUGCCAGGAAAAGUUCACAUUGAAAGAAAAGGUUCUCAGUUUGCCGUGUGCUCAUCUUUUUCACAAAGAAUGUAUCGAGCCUUGGCUGAAACUGCACAACGCAUGUCCUGUGUGCAGAAAGCCCUUAGAUGAUCCAAACAGUCCUCAAGCUCCUGGAGCUGGGACGUCGGCCUCAGCAAAUAGAGCCACCGCUCCAAAUUACGAAGAUUUAGAUGACCCAGACCCGGCUAUUUUCAGAAACUCAAACAUGUAUGGCUAAUGAAAAAUACUGUAAUUAUAUUUGAUCCAAUUUGUCAACCUUUUUCAACUGUAAAAACAAAUGUAAAUUUUUUUGGCUAAUUUAAAUAUC